GAUCCUUUCUCUUCAGUGUUAACGGAAGUGAACUGUGACCAAGAACAAUUUCCAUGUUUGCGGUUUUAUUUAGACGUUUAUUAACACCCUGGAACUCAGAAUAUAACUAAUGUAACUGCACAGCAUCACAUACCUACACCAGGUAGUGUUUAAUUCGCGUUGGAGACAGGACUUGGUUGAUAGAUGUUAUCUAGGUAACGCUAGCUAGUAACGUUAGCUGCUAACAAUGGCUAACUGUAUGGUUUUUCACACUCAAAUUGCCUCCAUCAUGGAGAUGCUAGCGAAUUCAGCCGUGGCAGAGAUUUGUAAACUCGUAGACGACGACUAUGCUGUGUUUCGUUUGGAAAUAACUCAAAGCCAGAAAGAAAACAGGGCAUUGCGGAGGAAACUACAGCAAGUGGAACUGAAGGUGGCACGGGAGCGCGCAGAGAGGACAAUGCGAGAGCGCGUCCUCGCCAGUCGUCCCAGUAGUGUCAAGAUCCUCGACCGAUACAGAGGAAUGGCAAGAGGUGAAGGACAUCUCACUGGAGGCCACAGGAGCUUUGUGAAGCCAGCGGGACACAAUGCGUGGAGAGAUGACCAACCCUUAGCUAUAGAUGAGGGGAGUGGAACCUCAACUCAGGAGGUUAUCGUGAUAGAGUCAGCAGAUGCAGAGGCUGCAGGUCCUGGGGUCAAGCAGGAGAGGUCUGAAGGAGAGGAGGACCCACGGCACAGCAGAGACAUCCAGACUGGCGCAGCAGCUGGAGUGGCGCCCCCUGUAGCAAUGGAGGACAUCGCAACUGCCGCCGCGCCCCAGGCCAAGACUCGACACAGCAUCACGGAGGAGGAGGAGGGUCCAGAGGUGCUGCUGAUGAAGGAGGAAGGGUGUGAGGGGGCCAUGGUCAUGGAGGACAACCAGACUACACCUCCUGAACCAUCAGAGGAACCAGCUGAGCAGCACAGGACCACACACAGUCUCACUGAGUCAGUAGACAUGGAGGAUGGGAAGCCUGAUCUGCUGCUAGUCAAAGAGGAGACAAUAGAAGACGGACCAGAGAGCAUUGACCUGCUGAGUGGACUAAAGAUGGGGGAGCAAGGUGAUUGGCUGGAGGCUAACAGAGGAGACUGGGCGGCCAUCUUGGAUUCCCAGACCCAGACUGGUGCAGCCAAGGGCCCAGGAGACAAUGUCACUGAGCAGGACAGGACCAGAGGCCACAUAGUGGAGGUCAGUGGAUGGGACAGCGUCCUCAACUCUGGGCUGGGGAACAACACUUUUAACCACUACCAGAAACAGACAGUUGAACACAAAACAACAACUGAACUUAGUCUCCAUGACAACAGACUGGCUGAGACCAGGGCGAGGCGUAGAUUUGAUCUGCUGGGACGGGGUGGUGUCGGUAUGCGGCGGAAGAGAACAGACUCGGCUAGCGAUGCUCCGUCCUGCUCCUAUAGUUGUGAUUCAGAGAGACUGAUGGCACCUCAGGUUAACCCCCUUAUAGGUGCUGCCUUCAGCCUGCCUUCUAUAGGAUCUAUCAACUGGAACAUGGACCCUGUGACAACACAGACACUCCCUGGCCUUCGUCCUCCUCACACUCUCCUAAUGUUAAACCAGACCUCAGACAAUGCCAGUGCCUCAACACUUAAUGGCUACACAAGCCCAUUGACAAAUGACAGUGGUAGUGACGCUAUCAGCAGAUCCGGUGGCAAAGAUAAGCACUUCCCGUGUUCAUUCUGUGGGAAAACCUUCAAUUUCCCCAAACAGUUAGAGAUCCACCAGAGGAUGCACACAGGGGAGAAACCGUUCAGUUGCCACCUGUGUGAGAAGAGGUUCUCCCACCAGCACCACCUGAAGAGACACAAGAGGGUCCACACAGGGGAGAAACCCUACAGCUGUCCCCAGUGUGAGAAGAGGUUCUCACGCCAGGACCAGCUGAAGAUGCACCUGAAGGUCCACACAGGAGAGAGCCCGUUUGCCUGUACUCACUGCGGGAAGAGGUUCUCAGAGUGGAGCUACCUCAGGAUACACCAGCAGAAAAUGCAUAUGUAUAGUGAUAUAUAAUGUACUAGUUAAUUUGUUCUUAGUUAAUUCUGUUGGUUUUGGAUAUAGCGGGAACUGGAUGAGGUGAACUGAGGAAAGAAUGAGUAUGAUGAGGCAGAGUAGAUGAUAUGGUGAUGGUGUCUGUAAAAAUGCUUCACUGAUGAAAAGUGACAACCUUGUCCUGUUGUUUGAUGCUGGUGUUUUAUCAUGAGGAAAUUAUAGUGCCUUAAUUCAUGUUUAUUGACAUAAAGUAGUUUGUAAUGUUGAACCUUUUCCAAAGUAUUUUUGUAAUGUUGAACCUUUUCCAAAGUAUUUUAUCAAAGUGAUGGUACCAGAUUUACAGAGAAGGUAAAGUGUUACCAUAGUGAGAAAAGUUAUUCUACAUGUCAUGUAUCAUUUUGUGCAAUAAAAGUACCGUACUUCACGUUAUGUGAUUGUAUGACCAUUUUGUUGAAAUUAAAUACA